CCUGCGCAGAGGCAGCGUGUCAGCGCCGGUGCAGUUCUUCCGUCCCAGGCUGUGACGCAGGCUCCUGGCAUCCCCGUGUUGGCCGGAGAGACGGGAAGAUGGUGCUGGAUCUGGAUUUGUUUCGUGUGGAUAAAGGGGGGGACCCAGCCCUGAUCCGGGAGUCGCAGGAGAAGCGUUUCAAGGACCCGGGACUCGUGGACCAGCUGGUGAAGGCAGACAGCGAGUGGAGACGAUGCAGAUUUCGAGCAGACAACUUAAACAAGCUGAAGAAUCUAUGCAGCAAGACAAUUGGAGAAAAAAUGAAGAAAAAAGAACCAGUGGGUGAUGACGAGUCCAUUCCAGAGAAUGUGUUAAAUUUCGAUGACGUCACUGCAGACACUUUAGCUAACCUGAAAGUCUCACAAAUCAAAAAAGUCCGACUUCUUAUCGAUGAAGCCAUCCUGAAGUGUGAUACGGAGCGCCUCAAGCUGGAAGCAGAGCGUUUCGAGAACCUCAGAGAAAUUGGGAACCUUCUGCACCCAUCUGUGCCCAUCAGUAAUGAUGAGGAUGCAGACAACAAAGUAGAGAGGAUAUGGGGUGACUGUACGGUCAGGAAGAAGUACUCUCACGUGGACCUGGUAGUGAUGGUAGAUGGCUUUGAAGGCGAGAAGGGAGCCGUGGUGGCUGGGAGUCGAGGCUACUUCCUGAAGGGGGUCCUUGUGUUCCUGGAACAGGCUCUCAUCCAGUAUGCCCUUCGCUCCCUGAGAAGCCGGGGCUACACUCCCAUUUACACCCCCUUUUUCAUGAGGAAGGAGGUCAUGCAGGAGGUGGCACAGCUCAGCCAGUUUGACGAGGAACUUUAUAAGGUGAUUGGCAAAAGCAGUGAAAAGUCCGACGACAACUCCUACGAUGAGAAGUACCUAAUUGCCACCUCGGAACAACCCAUUGCUGCUCUGCAUCGGGAUGAAUGGCUGAGGCCGGAGGACCUGCCCAUCAAGUAUGCUGGCCUGUCUACAUGCUUCCGCCAGGAGGUGGGCUCCCACGGCCGUGAUACCCGGGGCAUCUUCCGAGUCCACCAGUUUGAGAAGAUCGAGCAGUUUGUGUACUCGUCACCCCACGACAACAAGUCAUGGGAGAUGUUUGAAGAGAUGAUUGCCACCGCUGAAGAGUUCUACCAGUCUCUGGGGAUCCCGUACCACAUCGUGAACAUCGUCUCAGGAUCUUUGAAUCAUGCUGCCAGUAAGAAGCUUGACCUGGAGGCCUGGUUUCCAGGCUCUGGAGCCUUUCGCGAGUUAGUCUCCUGUUCUAACUGCACAGAUUACCAAGCUCGCAGACUCCGGAUACGCUAUGGGCAGACCAAGAAGAUGAUGGACAAGAGAAAGAAUAAUCUCCCUUUAUCUGCACAGAACAAGUUGGAGGCAACGUCUUCCCUCUUCUCACCCAAGAAGGUGGAAUUUGUUCACAUGCUCAAUGCAACAAUGUGUGCCACCACUCGUACCAUCUGCGCCAUCCUGGAGAACUACCAGACAGAGAAAGGCAUCAUUGUGCCCGAGAAGCUGAAAGAGUUCAUGCCGCAAGGACUCCAGGAAUUGAUUCCCUUCGUGAAGCCUGCACCCAUUGACCAGGAGCCAUCGAAAAAGCAGAAGAAGCAGCACGAAGGCAGCAAAAAGAAGACGGGCAGAGAUGUCAUCCUGGAAUCCCAGAUGCAGAACUUGGAGGUGGCUGACGCCUGACUGUCCCUCCUCCCCACGGGCCAGGCUUCCUUUCUACCUGUCGGGGGCAUCUCAGAGCCCACCUGGGAGCAGGGAAGCCAGGUCCCACUUCCUACACACCACCCCCGUCUGACUGCAUAACCAUGUACAGCAUGCGUGUCUCUGUGUCUGCACAUGGGCAUAGGAGCCAAUCACAUGUGACUGAUGAAACCGUGUAAUAAAGCGUCCCUGAGGAGGGUCCCAGUCACCUCCUGUCUUCCUCCUGGA